CCGGUAACACACAUGGUACCAGGUCAGGUGUGUUCCGCAGAAGAGACACGACAUUUACUGAGGACACUGGAUCUUUGGAUUUGGACAUUUUCCGAGGGUAUUGAAUACCUACCAGACUCUGUACUAUUUUAUACAAUGUACCACCAACAACCACCUCAGCAGGGCAUGCCUUACGUGGUCCAACCACAACCCCAACAACCCCAGCCAGGGGUACCUUACGUCAUCCAACCCCAGGCCAUCCCCAUGAACAACAUGAACAUGAUAAACAACACAGUCAUGGUGGGGGCGGGGGGAGGGACGGGCAACACCCUGGUACUCGUCAGCAAGGACAAGCUGCAGACGAGAGACUGGAACUCUGGGAUCUGCUCCUGCUUGAACGACAUCACAAGCUGUAUGUGUGGAAUUUCCUGCCUCCCCCUCCUCUUAUGCCGGAUCUCUAACAGACUGGACGAAUGUGCCUUCGUUACCUGGGUCAUACCUGGAGGAUUCACCGCACUCAGAACUAAGCUACGCACCAUGGGAGGCAUCAAAGGUUCCAUAUGUUCUGACUGCCUGAUGACGACUUGUUGCACACCCUGUGCCGCCUGUCAGAUGUCUCGAGAACUGGACAGUAUGGGGCUAUGAUGGGACAGUAUGGGGCUAUGAUGGGACAGUAUGGGGCUAUGAUGGGACAGUAUGGGGAUAUGAUGGGACAGUAUGGGGCUAUGAUGGGACAGUAUGGGGAUAUGAUGGGACAGUAUGGGGCUAUGAUGUGCUGGACAGUAUGGGGAUAUGAUGGGACAGUAUGGGGCUAUGAUGUGCUGGACAGUAUGGGGAUAUGAUGGGACAGUAUGGGGCUAUGAUGGGACAGUAUGGGGCUAUGAUGGGACAGUAGGGGGUUAUGAUGGGACAGUAUG